AUGGCUGACGGUUCGGCCGCUCAGGAGCGACAAUCGAGUUCUGGAGUAUACAAUGCGCCAAAUGACUAUGCUGAGCUCGGCGAUAUAACCCAGCAACCGAUUCAAAGGGAGACCCCUGGCGAGGCCACCAAAACAACAGCUCAAUCGGCAACGCGGGCAGAGCGAUACGAUUCCGGUACAUACGACGUUCCACAAGAUUACAGCAACCUCGAUGAGACAGAGCCUGUUCCUCCGCUACAAAAGCUCUCGCCAUGUCCUACCCAAGGCCAACCGCGAGGACAGGCCAACUUUGUCCGUUCUAAUACCCCCGUCGAACCAGAGCCUAUACCACAAGAGGCAGGGCAGAAGAAGACGUCAGAACUGCUCACAAGCCUUUACACGCAUUCGUAUCUCGUGCUAUUUGCGAUCCUUGGAGUAUUAGCGCGUCUGGGCUUGACUGCGUUGACGCGCUAUAGCGCUACUCCCGUUAUCUUCAACACGAUAUGGGCCAAUUUUAGUGGAAGUAUUGUUAUGGGAUUUCUCGCGGAGGAUCGCAAGCUCUUCCGCAACGAGUGGGGAACUCCGACCUAUGACGAAGCUAUCAAGCGAGCCAAGCAAAAGCAAAAAGAUGAAGCCAAUGGAUCUGGUUCAAGUCAGCAGAUUGAUGUGGACUUAGACGCAGCAAAGCGAGCGCAUCUUGCGACCAAGAAGACGAUUCCUCUGUACAUUGGGAUGGCAACGGGCUUCUGCGGAAGUUUCACGACGUUUUCGAGUUUUAUCAAGGACGUAUUCUUGGCCUUGUCCAAUGAGCUGAAGACGCCCGGGUGGUCAGAGUCGCCGACGAGUCGCAAUGGGGGUUAUUCCUUCAUGGCAAUGCUGGCCGUCAUCAUCACCACUGUAUCGUUAUCGCUUUCUGGUUUGUUCCUAGGUGCCCAUCUGGCUAUUGGCCUCGAGCGCGUUACGCCAUCGAUUCCCUUCUCGUUGAGUCGACGAGUGCUUGAUCCUUUGGGCGUGUUUCUUGGCUGGGGCUGCUGGCUUGGUGCAGUACUUCUUGCCAUAUUCCCACCGCAUAAUGCCUGGCGUGGUCAAGCCCUUUUCGCGCUGAUCUUUGGACCAUUGGGUUGUCUACUACGCUUUUAUCUGUCUCUCUACCUCAAUGGAAAGGUGAAAACGUUCCCUCUGGGAACAUUCACUGCCAAUGUAUUUGGUACUGUGAUCCUAGGCAUGUCGUGGGAUCUUGCACACGUGCCGGUUGGCGGAGUCAUCGGUUGUCAGGUUCUGGAAGGCAUGGAAGAUGGUUUCUGUGGAUGUUUGACAACCAUUUCAACGUGGGUUGCUGAACUUAGCACUCUGAGACGGCGAAGUGCAUGGAUUUAUGGCACGGCCAGUGUUGUGACGGCUCUAGUAUUGAUGAUCGCUAUCAUGGGCGGGUUACGAUGGAGUGAUGGGUAUAGCAAAUUGCUAUGCACAGUCUAG